CGGACUAGUAGUUCAUUAUUUAUAUUUAUCUCACAGUGCUUUUGCCCAAUUUAUUAUUAAAGAAAACUUAUUUAAAAAUUGACUUAAUAACCCUAAUUUAAUAACAAACAAAUACCCAAAUAACUAUGUUUCAUUUAUAAAUGUCUUAAAUGCGUGUUGCUUGGACGUAAUUAUCACAUUUCGCUCGCUAAAAUAUGCUGUUGCAGAAUAUUUUUAUAUAUGAACAAGUUCAUUGACGUUCCAAACUACAGCGGUUUAACAUUUUGUUUUUCUCAUUUUCUGGACUUAAAUGUUUGAUUGUUUCAAAAGACUGCAAUAUCAUAACAUAAAUGCCACUAAAAUGCAUUUGAAGAUUGUGGGCUUUGGCAAUUAAGUAACUUUUUGGAAAUUUAUGAAUUCUAAAUCUACUUACAUUAAAUAAGAUAAUUCUUUGCCGAAUUAGGCAUCGCCCAUCUGGAGUAAAUAUUUAAAUUAUGAUUUUUAUUCUGGAAUAUGCAAGUGAGAAAAUGGACUCACACUGAAAAACUGUUUUAAUCGGAAGAUAAUGAUGUAAUGCAUGAGGCUAUUCGUGAAGUUUUCUGAAACUAAUACUUCAUCUUUGGAAAAACGACAACUGUCUAACCUCAUCAUAGUUAUAUAGUAAAAGUUUACAAACCAAAAAAGUUUGCAUGACUUGAUUAAGAAUCUUCGUUGAAUCAACCACCUUAGACGUGGUUGGCAUAGUUUGCUUAAAUAUUUUAUGUGCCCUAAGGCAUUUGUAGUAAAUAGUCCGGUAUUUGGAAUCCGGUUUUUUGUUUAGAUGAAUUUACAUAUUUUGAAUAACCGUAUAUAGAAAAACUUAAAUAAUGGAGCAGGAGGAGAGAACUGAGCAAAUGAUUUCAGAGCAAUUGUUAAACCCUCUGCUGGAUUGCGACCCCAUAGACAUUUCACCGCUAAAUGCAUGCACUUCGUCCAGUACAUUGCUUAAUGACGAUGAAUUACUGUGCGUGUCUGAAGACCAACCUGCUCCAGAUCAAGACCAACAACUUGAGCUACAGCUGGAUAUACCUGGCAAGAUAAAACGUAACAAAUUCUCGUACCUUUCAAAACGAGGUCCCGGUCGUCCGCGAAAGGAUGUUCAAGGGUUCUUUUAUAAAAAAGCCGUUCGCACUCAGCUGAAACGGAAAAACUUCAAUCGAUCAAUGUUGGUAAAGCGCUACCUGAACGACGAACAUAUGCAGACGGGUCGCUUUCUCGCGCACAAUCAUCCAUCGCCAUCGGAUGCAGAUGGCUCGGAAAGUUUGCAAUCGCUAAGCGAAAGCACAACUUUCAAUCACAAGUACGAAGGCAAGCUUUGUUGCCUCUGCAACCUCAGCGAACAAAGUCAACUUGGCCAGGGUGAGCUAAUCCGGUUCGAGUCGUCCCUUCCAAUGGACAUGUUUGGCGAAAAUGUGACAUCACAUCCAGUUACCGAAUUGGAUACCCUUAAAAUCAAGAUUAACCUCACGAAUCAAACCGUAUCAAAAGAUGUAUCUAGCUUCAAAAGCGUCAUCAAUCAUCACACAGACGAUAUCAAUGAGCUUGACGUCAUCGGCCAUCGGGAUCAGUUGAACUUGCGGAAUCUUCAAGAUUCCAAUUACUUCUACAUACAUAAAAUGUGUGCCCUCUGGUCGCAAGGAAUAGUCUGUGACAAUGAUGGUCAAUUAAAAAAUGUCGAUGUGAUUGCUGCUCAGAGCCUUAAGAUUCAAUGCUCAUUUUGUCAACAUUAUGGAGCAAGUUUAUCUUGCAAAAUGAACUGCUCCAAGAUGUACCAUUUUCCGUGUGCCACAGCGGCAGGGUGCUUUCUUAUAGUUUCCUCAUUUGUAACCUUCUGUACUGAUCACUUGUAUCAGAUCCCAAUUAAUUACACGGAUGGAAAUGUAUCGUGUCAAACCUGCAACCUGAUGGGCGACCCCAGCAAGCACGUGAUGUGCAGCAUAUGCGGCGAUCAUUACCACACCGCAUGCAUCGGCCUUAAAGACACGCCAGGUACACGCGCCGGUUGGCAGUGUACGUCUUGCAUUCGUUGUCAAGUCUGCAAGCAGACCGAUGUUUUAGACGAGCGUCUAAUAACCUGCGAGCAAUGUCACAAGGUGUAUCACUCCAAUUGUUUGCGACCAAUUGUAGCGUCGGUUCCGAAACUGGGGUGGAAGUGCCGCAACUGUCGUAUCUGCUCAGACUGCGGGUCGAGAACGCCGGGAGCAGGAGCCUCCUCUCGAUGGCAUUCGAAUUACACAGUCUGUGACUCGUGUUAUCAGCAAAGGAACAAGGGAUUUUCGUGUCCUAUUUGCCACAAGGCGUAUCGAGCGGCAGCUCAUAAGGAAAUGGUCAAGUGCUGUAGCUGUAACCGAUUCGUGCACAACACCUGCGAUGCUGAAGCCGAUCUCUCCGUAUAUCAUCUGCGGAAAGAAACAAAUCCAGACUACGAUUACAUCUGUACGUUGUGCAAAAAGAUCUCGUACAAGGGUGAAGGCAUGCUGGCGGGCUUGCAGAAUUUUGAUGGGUCUGAUGGAAAUUCAUUAGAGAAGACAUUUGCGGCUCCUUUGCGUGGCAGAUCACUUGAAACGAUACUAAAGCUGCCUAAAAAGCGGAUGAGACUUAAGGAUAUGUAUCGUGGUAAGGGAAAAUAUAUGCAAAAGAAGUCGCAGAUGGGUGAAAUUAGCGGCGGAAAGAAACAGCGCGUUUCCAAAGGCAAAGGCCGUGGCAUGGGUGGUUUCUAUGAAGCUCCAACAUCGCCACCAGCAGAUCGAUUGGGUGUGCGCAACGAUGAAUCAGGCAUAGACAAGAAAAUCGUGAUUUGCUCGGCAAACGACCAGUUCAUUCUGUCGCAAGAUAUCUGCGUUAUGUGCGGUGCUAUUGGAGCCGAUGAUGAAAGGGAGCUUAUAUGUUGCGCUCAAUGCGGACAGUGUUAUCAUCCGUACUGUGUAAAUGUACAGCUAAACAAGGUGAUUUUAACACGUGGUUGGCGAUGCCUCGAUUGUACCAUUUGCGAAGGCUGUGGCAAAAAGGACGAUGACGCUCUGCUAAUCCUCUGUGAUGAAUGUGACAUAUCCUAUCACACAUAUUGCCAUGACCCGCCCCUCGAUUCGGUACCGCACGGCAACUGGAAGUGCAAGUGGUGUGCCGUAUGUCAUUCUUGCGGUCGCAAGGAACCAGGCAAAAACUCCCAAUGGAAGAAUAGCUAUUCUGAAUGCGGUCCCUGUGCAAGUCAAACAUCCUGUGCAGUCUGUUCGGUGACAUAUGAAAUGGGUGAAAUAAUUAUGCAGUGUACCACAUGUGAACGAUGGUUGCAUUGUAAGUGCGACUCGAUAAAUUCUGAGGAUGAGGUCAAACGUUGUGAUCUUAGCAAAUAUGUGUGCAAAUUGUGCCGACCCAAGGAUGCAGUGCCUUUCUAUUUAAAAAAUCAAGCCCCAAGCACAUCUUCGGCUGCAAUAAAAUCAGCAGCAUCUUCAAUAUCGCACGACAACAAUUCAAUAGAUGAACUGCUUCCCGAGAACGGACUGGGGUACACAUUACCAACAACAUCAACAAUGAAGAACGCUCCGAUGGAGUUGGCCCAUCACAUGGACGGAGUGUAUGUAAGCGAACAAGGUUUGCAGCUGAUAAAAUCACUGCAAACCGAGAUUAAGAAAAAGAGGAAAUUUAGGGGAGCAAAUGCAAUUGACGAGCAGGUGAACAAGGACUCGGCAAUACUUGCAGCAAUAGAAUCAGUGGUGGCAGGCACAUCCAAUGACAAUUCGUGGGAAGAUAAUCGCCUGGAAGCGGCCAUUGAUGAGCCGAUAAAUACAUACAAAGACGGAAUGGUGUGGCACGGCGACACCAUUAGUCCGCCGAUGGGCUUUUCGUUCUUUACCAAUGAUCAGGGUGUAACAGUGCUAAAGAAGAAACGUCAGAGGAAUCUUUUAAAACUAGGCAUAGGUGGGUUUAGUGUUAAAAAUCGAGCUGUACGAAAAGAUACUACAAUCGAUUUGUUGGAAGAAAACGAUGACACCACUCAGCAAUUAGAACUUGAAAAAGAGAAGAAGAAACGAGCUCCAGUUCGAAAGAAACCCAAAACCAAGUUGAACGAGUUGUACCCGUCGUAUCUGCAGGAGGCAUUCUUCGGCAAAUCUCUACAUGAAACAACAGAGAAACUUUCGCUUUCUGAGAGUGAGUCGUCCGAGGACGAUAAUCGCUUGGGAUCAGCGGAGGGAAGUGGAAUUGUUCUUUCAACCGAUGAAAUAAAUUACCUGAAGAGUUUCCAAGAAAAGAUCGCACAACCUGCCAAGCCUAAAAAUGGCUUGCCAAGUGCUACGAUAACGUCGUCUAAUGCUUUACCCACACCGCCCAGUGUGCAGAGCAAUGUGAUACCAUUCAUCGCAACGGUGCCUGUUCAAAAGCCACCAAUGCAAAACGGACCAACGACGUUUACGCAACCAGCUGCAUAUGGGUAUAAUUCAGUACCCGAAGUCAUGAGUAAGCCGGUGGUAUCGACGAUUGUUAAGCCUCCACCACCAUUACCACCACCACAGCAGCAACAACAACAACAAAUUACAAGAGAUUUAGAAAAAAUGCGUAGUCCUAUUGCGACGAACACUUUUGUGCCGUCUUCGCCAAUUAUCCACCACAAUUUCCAGCAGAAUAUGAUGCAACAAAAUCCACAACAACAACAACAGCAACCACCCCAACCCCAACAACAACAGCAACCACCCCAACCCCAACAACAAUCGGUUGUAACCACACCAAUGAUGAACAAUCGCGAUCCAGUGAGUAUUCAGCUAAUUCCAAAUGGCCACGCAAUGGGAAAUCAACAACAAACCAAUGGCUAUUAUCACUCAGAGCAUAUGAACAACUCGAGUAACUCGACUGAUACGGUUAUAAUGCAUGAGACGAUAGUACCUAAGCACAUCUAUGCCGAGCCUGCUCGACCGCAACAAACUCUCCAACACAAUAAUGUGCACUUGUCAAUAAAGAAUGCAGUGCCUAUUGCUAAAAAGCCCAAUGUCCAACAACUGGAGACACUAACAGUGGGCGGCGGUGGUACUGGUUCUAGUGUCGGCGGAACACAAAAAACAGCCGAAAAGAUGCGCAAGGACGAGGAACUAGGCAAAGCCGCAACAAUUUCGGCAGUCCUAUACGCCAACACUCAACAUCCAGAACUUAAGCAGCAAUAUCCCAACUGGAAUGAUCGUUGUAAACAGAUUCUCAAGCGCUGGCGAUCGCUGCCAUCGGACAAAAAAGGACCUUUCCUGCAGAAGGCAAAAGACAACAGAGCAUACGUCAGAGUACAAAAAAUGCAGCAGAAUCCAGAAAAGAAUAGUUAUCACCAUUCAAAAGUCACCACAACGGCGACAACGCCGACAUACAAUCACAAUAAUAAUAAUAACAACACCAACCAUAAUAAUAUACCACUAAGCAAUAUAGUUACGCCACGGGGCGCACCUCCCUCAUAUCCACUCACCGUUGAAAACAGAUUUAAUAUGAAUAGCACGCCGCAUGAUGAUAAGAAUAACUGUUACCGCACUACCACCUCUUAUCUUUGUGGUACAGACGAUAAAUACUCUGUACCGCCUAACCAAACCAUCUUACCAAAUUCGACAAGUAUCCGCACGUCCGAAGAAAUCAAUAGUUUCAAUCAAGAAAUUCUGCGUUUCGAUCAGGAGAUAAAAACAAUUAAAGAAAAUGAACAACUCAAACGGUUGCUGCAGAAUCCAUCAAGUCGAGUGAACAUGCAUGUUCUGGACAUGAACCACCUUACUGACGGUGGUCAUAAAUACAAUUCGGAUUACACGCGAAACGAUCACCUGGACGACCUUAAUAUGACACUGUCCGAUCUAAAUACAAUCAAGAGCGAAGAGGAGAGUUUCUCGUCGGAUCGAAAAUCUGUCGUGGACGAUGUAAAUAUGGAGAUCUUUGCCGACACCAAAUUAGAAGCCAGUCGUCAAAUGGCAUGCACUAUCAGUGAAGCUCUGGCCGAGCGCCUUACACCGAUGAAAAUAGAAGCAGAUGCUGUCAAAGCCAUGAUGGAGCCGAGCGUUGUGGCGGCCGACUGCCUGGCCGAUCUCGAUAAGUUGCCAAGCUACGACCAUGCCAUUGAAGAAGUUGGCGACAUUCUCAAAGGCAUCGAGGACGGUGAUGACGAUGAUGAUGAGUUGCUAAAGUCACUCACCGCUGAAAUGGGCGACGAUUUCAACAUUCUCGAGUACGGCGAUCCAGAGCUCGAUGAGCUAUCGUCCGAUCAAAGCAUUUUAAAUAAGUUGGUAUUCGAUGAUAAUGACAAGAAUAAUGAAUAAAUUUAUUAAACAAAAAGAAGAUAUAUAUAUAUAUAUAAAUAAUAAAUAUAGUUUUUCAUACUUUUAGAAAUGUAAUAAAAAAAAAAAAACAACAAAAUAAGUGCAUUAACAAAAAAAAAACCAGUUUUUAAUAUAUAAGCUAUAAAAACAAGAGAGAAACAGAGAGAAAUACUUUUUAAAUAAAAUAAAAUAAAAAAA